AUGUCCUGCGAAUCAGUUCCUCUCGAGCUUUGGGAGAUGAUUCUCGAUCAUCUGGACUUGGAGUCAACCAAGGCACUGAGACUGACUAGCAAAACCGUGAGCCACUUAUGUUCCGGCCGCCAUUUCGAGCGACACUUUCGCGAUCACAAAGUAAUGCUGACAAGCCAUGGCGUACAAGAGUUUCAAGCGUUGGCCACUCACUCACAAUUUGGAAAGCUGGUCGAGAACUUGACGUUCGUGGUGGGCCCGGACUUGCGAAGCACAAGAGAACGGUCGGAUACCAUUAAGAGGUGGAGUUCGAAGAGCAUAACGUGGGUGCUUGCGAGGCCAGACCAAGACGCCGUUCCGGAGGACACCGCUAGUCUACAGGAAGGUUCCGAAACUGAGAGCUCGGAUUGUGAUGCGAGUUCAAUGGAGUGGUCGGCAACUGAUGAACCGGUCUUGAUACAGGAUGACGGGAAAGAUCGCGCUGCUAACAAGCAGUUCUUUAUCAACGUACUCGAGGCAUUCUGCGCUCUGAAGCCACUCCGGACGAUAACGUUCUGGGGAGGGAUGAGCACCCUAGGUAUCGUCAUGAAAGGCAACCAGUGGGAUUACAAGGAUGGCAUUAUUCGACGCUGGGAAGAGGUAGCUCGUGCUUACUACCUUGUCAUGGCGGCAUUGGUAGAAGCGAGGCUCGUUGUGGAUCACUUCGAGCUCUACAUCGAUUCACCAUAUCCUACCUCUCUUCUACCGGCGCUCGUGUCUGCCCCGUUUAUGGACUUCGGCUCCCCGGCUUCAAUGACGGCUUUGGAGAAGCUUUUGGGGCAUAUCAGCUAUUCAGAACCGCAUCGGCUGGAAUACAGAUGGACCAACUUCCUGAAAAGUCUAACCACUGGGGCGGAUGCAUAUAUCAUUCCGCUUGCCCUAAGACCGCGACAGGAUCUAUCACAUAUCCGAACACUGAGGCUCAACUUGUACUAUGGAUGGCACCCUGACCAAACGAACGCAACCUUGAGCAAACUGAUGCAAUGCCUGGAGAACAUCACAGACCUUGAACAUCUCAAAAUAUCCGAUCAAGAAAUCGAACUACCAGAGCUCUUGAAGCUUUUGAGGAAGAUUCCGAGUGUAAAGCACCUUGAGCUCUCUCGUAUUUUCUUCAACGUGGGAACAUGGCGAUGGGCAUUAGGAACAUCAUGGGGAUCAUGGGAACCUGUAUUGGAUCUCCUCGCUACGGAAAUGCCGCAUUUGAAAUUCCUAACGCUGGGUCACCUUGAGGAUAGUGACCGUAACAUCAUUGCCCUGGUGCGUAGCUGGGAAGAUCUUAAGGAUUUUCCGGAAAUUCAAAAUGUUCGUUCUCCCUCUUACGGGCGAACGUUCAACGAAGAAGAGUUGGCCCAGGGUCUUGAUUUGGUCACAACUCCGAGUCUCGCUGAUCUGUUGCCUUGA